GAGAGCCCGGCCCAGCCCAGCCCGGUGAGCUCAGCCCAGCGCGGAGAGCCCGGCCCAGCGCGGAGAGCCCGACCCGCCCCGGGCUGCCCCGGUCGCCGCUGCUCGGGAGAUGCCGCUCGGCGGGCGGGGGCCCGCGGCCGCGCUGCGCCUCCGCCGUCGCGGCGGGGACCUCUGAGCGCGCUGAGAAGCUGCUGCUGUGAGACCCCAACGGCUCUUCCUGACAGCUCCGAGGGGCGAACACGAGUGUGAGCUCCUGCCUGCCACUGCGCCUGAGGCACCCGCUCUUGGUCUUCAGAGACCCCAGCGCGAGCACCGUGGGAGGAACUGAGCUGAAUAAAAGACCGUGCGCUCAGUGCCAGUGUCUAAUGGCCCCGAAGUGAAGAGCCGAGCGCUGCUCCGGCGGCAGCGCGGCCGGCCUGCCACAGAUGAACCCUCCUAACUAGCGCCGAGGGGUCGGGAGGGACGGCGAGGAGGGGAGAGCCCGAGGGGCCAGCCGGGAAGACGAGGAUAGCGGUGGAUAGCAGUGUGCGGAAGAGGACGGACCCGCGAGCAGCUCCACGGCUACCUGUCGACACAUGCUGUGCUCCAUGGCUAACUCGGGCUGCCUCCUUGUCUCCAACUCAGGCAUGCUUCCUCACUCUCUCCCCUGUCCUCCAGCCUUCCUCUACCUCCAACAGGGUAACCAGGACACCACGGCUCCGCCGGACGCGAUGGCUCAGCCCUACCCCCCGGCCCAGUACCCCCCGCCCCCCCAGAACGGAAUCCCCGCAGAGUACGCACCACCGCACCCCCACCCCACGCAGGACUACUCGGGGCAGAGCACAGUACCAGAGCACGCCAUGACCCUCUACACACCAGCACAGAGCCACGCCGAGCAGCCGGGCACCGACGCCAGCACACAGUCCAUAGCAGGGACACAGACGGUACCGCAGACAGACGAGGCGGCACAGACAGACAGCCAGCAGCUACAUUCCUCAGACAACACAGACAAGCAGCAGCCCAAGAGGUUACACGUCUCCAACAUCCCCUUCCGAUUCCGGGACCCUGACCUGCGGCAAAUGUUUGGGCAAUUCGGGAAGAUACUGGAUGUGGAGAUCAUUUUCAAUGAGCGGGGCUCCAAGGGUUUUGGGUUUGUAACUUUUGAAACUAGCACAGAUGCCGACCGGGCACGAGAGAAGCUGAAUGGCACCAUCGUAGAGGGCCGGAAGAUUGAGGUGAACAAUGCCACAGCCCGUGUCAUGACCAACAAGAAGGUGGCCAACCCUUACACCAACGGCUGGAAGCUGAACCCGGUGGUGGGAGCAGUCUAUGGCCCCGAAUUCUACGCAGUAACGGGAUUCCCAUACCCCACCACGGGGACAGCUGUGGCCUACCGAGGGGCACACCUACGGGGACGGGGACGCGCCGUCUACAACACCUUCCGAGCUGCGCCGCCGCCGCCGCCCAUCCCCACCUACGGCGCGGUCGUCUACCAGGACGGGUUCUACGGAGCUGAGAUCUAUGGGGGCUAUGCUGCCUACAGGUACGCCCAGCCUGCGGCAGCAGCGGCAGCGUACAGUGACAGUUACGGCAGAGUGUACGCAGCAGCAGACCCCUACCACCACACCAUCGGCCCCGCCGCCACGUACAGCAUCGGCACCAUGUGAACCCACGGCUGUUUCCUUCUGGGACCAGGAAGGGCAAAAAAAUACACACACACACACACAAAAAAAAAAAAAAACCAAACAAAAAAAUUAAAAGCAAAGCAACAAAAAAAGAAAAACAAAGCCAAGCGGAAGCAGCCAAGUGAGUCCCAAACUGUCCACAAGCACCGAGCGAGCAAGUCCCGGAGGAGCCGUGGCAAGCACCGGCGGCCAGACACGCCGGAGGGACCCGCUGAGCCCCGGCCCACAGCCCGGCAGGGAGGGAGCCGGCAUGGGGGUCCGUGGGGGUCCACGGGGCCCUCACCUGCCCAGGCGCAGGGCCUGGGCACCACGUCUUCCUUUCCCUGGUGUGGCAGCGCUGGGGGUGCCGGCAGAGCGUUGCACCCCUGCCUGGCUCGGGGGACCGGGUGACAGGGUGGGGACCCAGCUUCGUGCUGCCCGAGACCCGGCGCUGCCGGCCAUCAGCGUGUCAAGUGUGCGAGGCCUCGGCUCCAGUGUGGAACUGGGGCGGCGGCGAGGCCGCGGUGCUGAGGCGUUGCAGGGGACAAGCCUCUGCCUUUUAAAGGGAAUUUUUGUUAAGAGGAGCUUGCAACUCGCUUGCGACCCCUUCCCCUCCCUCCAUCCCUGGCACCCUGCGCUCCCACCCUGCCCAGAGCAGCCCUGACCGACGCCGGGCCAGGGACUGCCCCAAUCCUGCUCCUGCUCCCGCCUGCUCCGCAGCGUGGGUCAUGCUCACAGCCACCCUGCCCAAGGCAGCAGGACCCCCCAGCCCUGGGUGUGGGGUCUCAGCUGCUGCAUCACCCAUGGGGACCUGCCUGAGCCCCGGGGUUGGGCUGCAGCCGCUGGCACACUGGCUCCGGUGGCUGAUGGCACGGGGUGCUGUGGAGCCCACCCUGGGGUGCAGCCCCGUCCCAUGGGCGGCCUCGCACUCAGCCCCUUGCCCCCCACCCACGUGGCUCUGCCACUCCUCAAACCUCACUUUAUAGUCUGCAGACGCCCCUGACGCCCCAGCGAUGAGCUCCCCCUUUUCUAUUCCCGGUGUACAUAGCCCCGUCCCCGCCCGCCCCGUGUACAAAGCUCCGUCCAUCGCUGUACUGGCUUCUCCCUUACAGCACCCCUGCGCCGCCCCGGCGCGCGGGCUGGCGCCGGCCCAUCCUGUAUGCUUAAAGGUGUGACCAUUCUAAUAAACAGUAUUAUUAUUAUUAUUAUUAUUAUUAUUAUUAUUAUUAUUAUUAUUAUUAUUACAAGGAUUAUUAUUAUUAUUAUUGAAAUUAUUAAUAAAGAUUUCUUUCUUCAA